AUGGGCCCCCGUACCGCCUCCUCAUGCUGCUGCCAGGCCCGUAAUCUGCCAUGGGCCCCCGUACCGCCUCCUCAUGCUGCUGCCAGGCCUGUAAUCUGCCAUGGGCCCCUGUACCGCCUCCUCAUGCUGCUGCCAGGUCCAGAGUGUGUCAUGGGUCCCUGUACGGCCUCCCAUUGCUGCUGUCUCCAUCGCCACACUCUGCCAUGUGCCACUUUCAGGUCUCCUCACACUGCUGGUGGGUUCCAUUUUUGUCAUAGGGUGCUGUAUGGCCUCCCAUUGCUGCUGCCUCCACCGCCACACUGUGGCUCCACACUCUGGUUUUGGCCCCGUGACUGCCCAAAUGAGUGAAGUGUGCGGUGAUUCUAAGAUCGACGGCACUCAUCUGCAUGUUAUACUGACUGACAGUAUUAUUUCUCUUCCCCAGCAGACUCCAAGGGCAUUUAAAUUAAAGGUACAGUGUUCUGCACUAAUAUAA